UCAUUUUGAUUUAAUUUCGUUUGAGACACCAAUCGGAUCACAUCUUCAGGGGCACUUCCAGGUUAUCCAUUGGAAUUACUGAGUAUUAAAUCAAAAAGUGUCGAGUGAUUUAGUUUAAUAUAAUCAAAAAAAAUUAUUAAAUAUGGUUGCACGUAAUAAGGAACAAGAAAAGGAAGUCCUCGAUUGGAUCUUUGCCAUCUUAGGAGAACCAGUUCCAAAGGGUGAUUAUGAAGAUAUUUUGAAAAAUGGAGUCGUUCUUUGCAAGCUUGCCAACAAAAUGGUCGCUGGAUCAGUCAAGAAAAUCCAAGAACGCGGUACAAACUUCCAGUUGAUGGAAAAUGUUCAAAGAUUCCAAGCUUUCCUCAAGAAAUAUGGUGUUCCAGAAGAAGAAAUUUUCCAAACAGCCGAUUUAUUCGAACGUCGUAACAUCGCACAAGUAACACUCUGCCUUUACGCAUUGGCCAGACUCACCCAAAAACAUCCAGAAUUCACUGGACCAGGAUUGGGACCAAAGAUGGCUGACAAAAACGAGAGAACAUUUACUGAUGAGCAAUUGCGUGCCCAUGAAGGAGAAUUGAACUUGCAAAUGGGAUUCAACAAGGGUGCAUCUCAAUCUGGACAUGGAGCGGAUUGGCUGGAAACCUGCAAGCUUAGUGAUCCUGAUUUAAGAAAAUGCUCAACAAGAAGUGUUCAAGGUUUGUUCGAUCAACUAGGCAAAGGAAUUGAGGGUCUUGUUGGACUAGAAACUAUUGAUCCAAUGAAAAUCGAAAGAAUUAGAAUUUUACAAGGAGAAGGUCCAGUGUCAGUGAAUGCAAGUCUGACAAAAGUUAAAGUUACAGGCUUUUCAAAAACAAAAGUUUUAGAAAAUUAUGUCAACAAGGAUUACAGCUGGUACACACAAGUUAAACUGCCUAAAAUGAGACUUGAAGGAAAUUAUCACAUGAUGGGAAGAAUCUUAGUCAUUCCAUUGAACGGUCGCGGAAAAUGUUGGUUCGAACCAUCUAAUAUGGAUAUUAAGUUUUUUACGAAAACAAAAUUGUAUACUAAGCAUGGACAAACAUUUUAUAAUGUAACUAAUUGUAAAGUCCAAUUCACAAUGGAAGGCUUGAAACUUCGUAUGGACAAUCUGUUCGAAGGUGUAAAAGUAUUAGAAGAGUCAACGAAUGAUUAUUUAAAUCAGAAUUGGAGACCAGUUUCGGAAGCACUUAAACCGAUUAUUUCAAAGACUAUUGAGGACAUUCUCCUUGACAUGAUGCAAAAAAUAUUUCAUCAAAUACCUGGAAACUUUUUCGUCAGUGAUUUGCCAACACCUGAACAACUUACUGCUAAUUAAUGUAAUUUUUAAUUUAAUUAAUGAUGUUUCCUCUAGUUUUUAAACCAACCUAUUAAAUGAAAAUAUUUUUCAUCACUUUAUGACUUCAUGAGGAUUGCAAUCUAUUUUCAAAAUUGAUUUUAAAGAAAUUUUUUACAGUUUUUGCGAUUUGUUGAAUUUUUAAUAAUAUACACACAUUGAAAAUGUCAGUCCUUUGAGUGAUUUUGCCAGACUUAACGGAUUUAAGCAUGACUAAUAAAUUUUAAUAAUGUUUAUCCUUGAAAUGUUGUGUUCUAGAAGGCCGUAGACUCAAAAUAAAUGAAA